CUGCCCCUUUGUGUUCACUUAGUAUUAUUCCUUUUCCAGGUCGUUGCCGACCCGAACCGCCAUUGCGUGUCCUACACUUUCAAUCGGACCCAUACAGUUGUGGUGGAAUAUAUCCCUGACUCCAACAUCGACUUGUUUCAGGUUGGUCGAUACAAAUCACCCGUAAUUGACUUUCACAUUGGUGACUUGCCUGCUUCAUCAGGACCCGCGUCGGCCAACAAAGACAACUCCCCUCACAAGAAUCGAGUUCUGUUUGGCAUGUUUGAAAAGCCCAUCUUUAAUUUUGGCCCAGUUCCCAAAAAACCCGCAGCCCCACUCUCUACCAUCUCUCGUUUCGCCUGUCGAAUCGAUAUUAACCGGAAGCCACCCCAUACUGCGCGCAUUUAUGCUGCCGGUUUCGAUGGCCGGAAGAAUAUUUUUCUAGGUGUACGUCGACAUAGACUCUAUCAACCUCACGCCUUUAAACUACAACGACCAGUCCCUUUGCUUGUAUGCUUUUUUUCGUUGGUGUUGUCUUCGCAGGUCGAAGAUGAAAACAACAUCCUCGAGGACGGGACGUUGAUUGACCUGUGCGGAGCCAUCCUCAUUUGGCGGUCAGCUGAUGGUCUUAAAAAGGGCCUCCAACAUACAGAUGUCUGCGAAAUGGUAGAUAUUCUCAAUCAACUCCAUAUUCAGUGCCCGGUGUACUUAAAAACUCUCCAGUUCAGUGGAUCGCGCGUCCCUGAGUUUUCUCCCAAGUACUCCAUGGUUUCUGAUAAUGUUCUCGCUAAUCCGCCCUUAAGCGCCACAUUUGGCAGGGGAAGCCAACCUCAUGUCUACCUGAAUUGCGGUCAUGUGCAUGGAUAUCAUGACUGGCAACCAAACAUGGGCCAGUCAUCGAAUCGGCGGGAUAAACGAACUUGCCCACUCUGUCGUCAGACCUCGCGUUUCGUUCGCCUGUCGAUAGGUGAGGAGGUUGGAUUCUUUGUGGAUCGGGGCCCGCCGACUCACUGUUUUAAUCCUUGUGGCCACAUUGCUUCAGCUGGAACCGUGAAAUUCUGGUCGGAACUUAAGCUUCCGAUGACGAGCCAGACGGCGAUGCUGCCACAGUGUCCGUUCUGCUCUCACGAGGUUGAGGGACCGCCUGUAAGGCUAAUCUUCCAGCAUCGGGCCGAUGAGAGCACCCUUGUGGAAGCCUUUGCAUCAUUUAAUUGUACCCCCACGGACCCGUCAUCCUCUCAGUACGCCCCUUUCACUUUCCCAUCAGUCCCCUCUUCUGUGCUCAUCGAAGGAAAAGAGUCGAAAACUGACUGA